UUUUGAGAAGGGCAAUUUCUAAAGCUGUCAUGCUAUGUUCUUGGUGUUACCCAUUUACACAGUUGCAGAUUAACAUACAGCAUUUAUUUAGAUGUUUCUUUUUGUUCACAAGCCAGAAUCUGGGAAACUCUCUCCCACUGCUAACUGCAGGGAUUUAUAGCUUUGUGAAGUUCUUCAUAUGAGAGAAAUUAUGUGCUUAAAUGUUCAGGUGUUCCACUUGAAGGAAUAUCAGUCUGUUCAAUUAAAAAUCAGAGUUCUCAAAAUUGUUUUCACAGUAAGCUUACACAGCCCUGUUAAUAUGAACUGAAUUAUGUUCUCAAAGGUGACAGUGUACUUGUAUUUGAAAUGUUAUUUUGAUUCACCACAAAAUAGAAACUGCAACAGUGCUCAAGGUCAGAAAAAAUGGAUAUAAGCACUGUUGUUUUCUCAAUAAAUGUAAACUUUUGCCUUAGUAGAUGAAAAAGCAUUUCAGAAUCCUUGCCAAGUCUGUGUAUACUGUGCUUGACUAGGAUGGGUUUUAGCAGGUUUCUCAAAAAUGUGUUAGUGUUUUAGAAGGAUGUGUGAUGGGAGGCCAUAGACGGUGGGCAUUUGGCUUUGUGAGCACCAAUCACCAGGUGAGACGCCAGCCAUGCAGUCUGGGUGAUCGUAGUCAGUGGAAGUCCUAACAGUCCAUUGGUGGAGAUCUCCUCAAAAGUCUGGUAACUCCUGGCUGGAGAUCUGAUAAAAGGGAUCACAUUAUUGAUAGUAACAAAGAUUGUCCAGAACAAGAGGCCCUCAGUUAUUUCUGAGGAAUACUGUCAGUUUAAAUUGAAGAAUUCACUGUCACUUGUCUUAUCUUGUCAUCUAUAAUACAAAUAGUCCUAUGAAACAGAGAAAUAUUUUCGAUAUUUAUGCUGUCAGUCUUAGAACUGUAAUUUUGAGAGUGUGUAGAAGAGCAAGAAUUUCUUUAAUCUAGAAAAAUGAAAGAGAAUAGAAAACAGUUUUGUGGUUUGGUCCGUUAAAACUACAGCACAUUUUGUUUUCUAAUCUCUGUUUGAGCCCAUAGCUUCACAGCCAAAGAAAAGCAGUAAUUGGGCUGGUUUUGCCAGUAAAUCAAUGAAAAGUGCUGGAAAAGCACUAGAAUCGCAAAUCUGCCACUGUCUUAGCAGACUUGUACUGGGACAGCUUGAAUUUUAAAUGAGUCUGUUACACAAGAAUGAGAAUGCAGGUCAGUCCUUAUGUAUAAUGGAUUUACCAUACCAGCAGAAAUAAAGUUAUUUAAAGCUUACUUUUUAUAGUUGGAUGGAUAAUUAAAAUAUUACUGGUUUGAUGAAUGUUAACAAAUACACCAGUUGCUUGUCCUAUUUCUUCACCCUCGAUGAACACUCAGCACCAAUAUAAAACAGAAGGAGAGGCUAAAUAAAAAGAUGCCAUUUUGUUUUUACUUCUUAAGCCUUACUCCAGUUUCACUCAAUUUGCAGUUACACACAUGACAGUAUUUGAACACUAUAGUUAAGUGUUUAAUAAUUAGCUAUAUAUAUAUACCAGAUGAGUGGGGUCUGCAUGUCAUAUCAUUUUGGUAAAACAUCCAUGCAGUUUUCAUGCUAAUAUAUUAAAACAUUGAUCCUUUCUUAAAUAUUUCCCUAUCUUUCUGUGUUUAAAUUAAAUCCCCAGGAAAGAUGGUAAGAGCUUUAUAGAUUUACCUACUUAAUCAUCUUGCAUUCGAUGUUUCUUCAGCUGUUUUCUGGAUAUGCUGCAAAGGUCUUUGGCUUCUGGUAGGCCAGGAUGCCAGCAGGGUGCACACUCUGAAAUGCAUCUCUGUGGAAACAGCUGGAAUGCAGUUUCUGUAGAAAUGAGCUUUUGGUAGCCUCUGUGAGAAGCACUUAGAUCAAUAACUGUGCUCUGGGCAAUGAACGGUGAGCUUUCCAGGUUAAAACUAGCACUUACAGCAUUGUGUUUCUUCAGAAGAUAGCAUGAUAUUCUCCUGGCAAUGAGUUUGAAACAGCAUUUGGGUUUUGGGUGGUAAAAUUUGGCACUGCUUAAGUUUUCAUGUGGACUCUGCAUAUAGCUUGUUUUAAAAAAUACUGCAGGUAUCCUAAUUACAAGAUGCCACAUUUUGGAGUUCAUCAUGUUAAUCUGAGAGUGGCUUUCACUUUUGAUGAAAACUGUAGGGCAGUUAAGAAGCACUUGUACAAUUGUUGUGUAUAUAUCCUGGAGAGUUGAAUAGAGUUGUAAAGUUUGAAAACAUAGAUCUUUGUAUCAAGGACUGAUAAAAUACAGUGCCUCUUUUUUGUUAUAAAAUUGUUAUUACAAUUUGCAUGUGACUGAAAUUAAUCUCAGCAUUUUAUACCUAACUAGCUUCAUGUGUCAGAGAUGAAAUAGGCUGGUUUUCAUGGGAACUGUAAAUUGGUCAUUGUGCUGUUUGUGAAUAAAUGUAUAUAAUAUCAGAGAAUAUCAGUGUAGUAAUAGGCUUUCUAGGCCAUUCAUAGGAAUGGCUAUUCGUCAUUUGAGUAAAAACUUUUGCUGGACAUUGUAAGAUGUUAUGUAAAUUAGCAGUCCUAGAGGGAGUUCUGUCUCAAGAGUAUGCAUCUCUCUUUUUCACUGUUCCAUCACAGUACUUCUAAUGUGAUGUGGAACAGCUGAUAGUAUAUUAUUAGAAAGAAGCAUUUUGAGCAGUCAUCUUACGUUGUUUAUUUUGCAGGGGUUUGUCUGGUGUCUUGCAGUGAUUGUUUUUUUCUUGCUUUCUGUUUUAGUGGUGUAUAAGUGAAUGGAAACCAUUAGCUCAUUUCAGAUAGAAAUUUUCAGUUACUGCAGACCUAGAUUUGAAUCAAAGCACAUCAAGAUGAAAGGCUUAAUAGCCUCCACUACUAGUCCCUUGAGCCUUCCGAGGCUGUUCUUGUCCUUUUUAAGUUCAUUCAUGUCCUGUAAUGGGAAAAAGAAUUAUUUACAGUUCAGUUUCUCCCCAGCAUAAUCAGUUAUCUUUGAGUUGGCUUUGAUUCUUCUCUGUAAAAUUUUUUAGCAGCAUAGAAGGAAUUUAAUUUGAUUUCUGCACUUUUUUCCCCUCUGUAGCAGCAAGAGUUAACUGAAUAAGAAACAGAUUGUAAGAUGCAGUAUAGAAAUUGCAGUUUGCUGUCAUUUCUGCUUUAAGAAAAGGGGGUGGUAUUGAAAGGGCUUGAAAGGGCUUUAAUGAAUAUUGUUUAGUGUUUUUGAAACCUAAUGGUCAGAGGCAGCAACAGAAACAGCCUCAGAGCUUUUAGGGAGAAGUGAUUAGCAUUUUUCUUGAUGGAGGGGAUUGUUUCACCUCCUCUUUUAUGUCAGCGUUUUUCACUGUCUGUUGCCUUUUGUUUAUAUUCAAAUGACAUACCGUUAAAGAAGCCUUUUUUGUGUGAUUGCAAUGCUUUUUCCCCUCCUUCUGUAGAAAAUCUGCUUGCCACAGACAGGCAGAGCAUGUGUUUCUCUUGUCUUGGUUGGGUGCACAAAUCUUCUUUUAUGUGUGCUGCUUCUUACCCUGUUGCCUAGACGAUCACUGGCUUUCACUAAGAAUGUCUGGUUCUCGUAAAGAGUUUGACGUGAAGCAGAUUUUGAAAAUCAGAUGGAGGUGGUUUGGUCAUCAGGCAUCAGCCCCAAACUCUGCAAUUGAAAAUCAUCAGGGAGACUUCUGGAACAGAGGAGAAAAUGUAACAACUGGUGGCAGGAAGUUUUUAGAUUUGGGUAACUUACCUUUAACAUCAGUUGGUUAUAGAAGGUCCAGCCAACAGGAUUUCCAGAAUUCACCUCUUUGGCCAAUGGCAUCCACCUCAGAAAUCCCUUCAUUUGAAUUCUCAGCAGAAGACUGUGGAGGUGCACGUUGGCUUGACAGACAAGAAACAGAUGAUAGAGCAAGUGAAGAAGAAAAUGAAUCGGACAGCAGCUCGUGCAGCAGAACCUCCAACAGCAGUCACACCUUAUCAUCUUGUCAGACAAUGGAGCCCUGUACUUCAGAUGAAUUUUUUCAGGCUCUCAACCAUGCUGAACAAACUUUUAAAAAGAUGGAGAAUUAUCUUAGACACAAUCAGCUGUGUGAUGUGGUGUUAGUUGCUGGUGAUCGUAGAAUUCCAGCUCACAGAUUGGUUCUCUCCUCUGUUUCGGACUACUUUGCAGCCAUGUUCACUAAUGAUGUAAGGGAAGCAAGACAGGAAGAAAUCAAGAUGGAAGGUGUGGAGCCAAAGGCAUUGUGGGCUCUGGUUCAAUAUGCAUAUACAGGUCGCCUUGAAUUAAAAGAAGAUAACAUUGAGUGCCUGUUGUCUACAGCCUGCCUUCUUCAGCUCUCUCAGGUUGUAGAAGCAUGCUGUAAAUUCCUAAUGAAGCAGCUUCACCCAUCCAAUUGCCUUGGAAUCCGAUCUUUUGCUGAUGCACAGGGUUGCACUGACUUGCACAAGGUGGCUCACAAUUACACUAUGGAAAACUUCAUGGAAGUAAUUAGAAAUCAGGAAUUUCUGUUAUUGCCAGCCACUGAAAUUGCUAAGCUUUUAGCAAGUGAUGACAUGAAUAUUCCUAAUGAAGAAACUAUACUGAAUGCACUACUUACGUGGGUUCGACACGAUUUGGAACAGAGAAGGAAAGAUCUCAGUAAACUCCUGGCUUACAUUAGACUGCCUCUGCUUGCUCCACAAUUUUUGGCAGACAUGGAGAACAACGCACUCUUUAGGGAUGACAUUGAAUGUCAAAAACUCAUUAUGGAAGCAAUGAAGUACCAUCUGUUGCCAGAGAGACGACCUAUGUUGCAAAGCCCUCGCACCAAACCUAGAAAAUCUACAGUGGGCGUUUUGUUUGCAGUUGGAGGAAUGGAUGCAACAAAAGGAGCUACAAGCAUUGAAAAAUACGAACUUCGUACCAACACAUGGACUCCAGUUGCAAACAUGAAUGGACGAAGAUUACAGUUUGGAGUUGCAGUCUUAGAUGAUAAAUUGUUUGUUGUUGGUGGCAGAGAUGGACUGAAAACAUUGAAUACUGUGGAGUGCUACAACCCUAGAUCAAAAACUUGGAGUGUUAUGCCACCGAUGUCCACUCAUCGUCACGGUCUUGGAGUAGCUGUACUGGAAGGGCCCAUGUAUGCCGUAGGAGGACAUGAUGGCUGGAGCUACCUGAACACAGUAGAAAGAUGGGAUCCACAGGCUCGUCAGUGGAACUUCGUAGCUAGCAUGUCAACUCCCAGGAGCACCGUUGGUGUAGCAAUAUUAAAUGGAAAGCUUUAUGCAGUUGGUGGUCGAGAUGGAAGUUCCUGUCUUAAGUCAGUAGAAUGUUUUGAUCCUCAUACAAACAAAUGGACUCUCUGUGCUCAGAUGUCAAAAAGAAGAGGUGGUGUAGGUGUAACCACCUGGAACGGGUUCUUGUAUGCAAUAGGUGGUCACGAUGCUCCAGCAUCCAACUUAACGUCCAGGCUGUCAGACUGCGUAGAAAGGUAUGAUCCCAAAACAGACAUGUGGACUGCUGUGGCCUCUAUGAGCAUUAGCAGAGAUGCAGUGGGAGUGUGUCUUCUUGGUGACAAGUUGUAUGCUGUUGGAGGUUAUGAUGGGCAAACAUAUCUUAAUACCGUGGAGUCUUAUGAUCCCCAGACAAAUGAAUGGACACAGGUUGCACCACUGUGCUUAGGAAGAGCUGGAGCAUGUGUUGUGACUGUAAAACUCUGAAUUACUUUCUCUGGGAAGGUGACAUUCUGUGUGGACUCAGAGGAUUACUUUUUCCUCAAGCAAACUCCGAGUGCACCAAUCAACACCAGGUGCAGGAUAUCUACCACAGCGAAGUGUUUGGUCUGAAGCUGACAUGAUGUUCUUAUGGACCAAUAUUAAGCACUUUUAAAAAACUUUUGUUAUGCAUAUGUUACAAGAAUUCUACUUGUAAGAACGUCAACUGCAACCUGCCAAUUGGCAGUAGAGGACUUCUAGUUAGGAAGUACUAAGAAAAUGAGUGAACUCACUAUAAUAAUCAAAUGUUAUGGUUCCGGGGCCUUGAUUUCCCCAAAUGCAGAGCAAUGAUGCUAUAAAUUGAUAUACUUUGAUAUAAUUGGGUCUGUCUCUGGAUGAAACAAGUUAGAGGAUUGGACCCCAUAAAUUUAAUUUGCCUGUAAUAAAUGCAAAUAGGUAUCUGAGUAACUACACGGCAGGCUAACAAACCAAUGCAAACUAUUGUAAAUGGCAGGUGUAAUGUCUGCCUUGGAAAUGAAGUUGUGUAUUUGGUGAAUCUUUUGCACUUUUUAGCAUCAUUCCUAGUUUAGCAAACUUUUUAUUUAACCAAAGCCUUAUUUUAAAUAUUGUCUUAUGCUAACAGAAACCUGCUAUUUAAUAAUUUCUGACAGUUAUUUUUGACAUCCAGUAUACUUUUUGGAUUUUCAAAGUUGUUAUGCAAGAUGCAGAACAUCAUACCUUUUUCUCUGCUUUGGUUCUUGUAUUUACUUUGCUGUUUGUAUGCAUUAUUGGAAGAAUUCUAAAGUGUGAUUAACAAUUAACCAAUCUAAGUUUAAUAUUUGCACUUUGGAAUUUUUGAAGCAUUCCAUUCCAUCUAGACUAAUUACAUUUUUAAAUGAGGCUUUGCACUACUAUGAGAAGUAUAAUUUUAUAAGAUGAAGAAAUUGUCUGUCUUUCCUGUAAGGUUAUUUAAAAAUGUAAAGGGCCCAAUCCUGCCAGAUGCUCAGCUGCCACCAUUUAAGCAUGUUCAGCAUCUUACAGGACACUGAAAUAUUCCUCGCAGGGCUGUAUCAAAUUAGUUACCUUAUUUAACAGUUAUCUAAUUUUUUAAGAUACUUCAUAAUUUGCCUUUCUCGAGCCCUCUGCUGUUACACCGAAUUGCUUUGAACCUAAAUGUUCUCGGGAGAAGCCUUUUUUUUGUAUUUGCUUUUACGUGCCUUGUCCCUUACGUUCUCCGAACAGCACCACGCGUAAAAAAAACAGGAAGAUGUGAACUCAUUGAAUGUUUUGGGUUUGGUUUGUUUGGGUUUUUUAAAAAAAAAAAAAGUUUUAAGUGCCCGAUACCCAAAGUCCUUUGUACAUUUGUAAUUUUAAACGUGUGUUUUAACGCUCUCGGCGAACUAUUUAUUGUUUUAAAAGAAAUCGGUGACACUUUGUGAUGAAGCUUUGCAGUUGGAAUACAGCUGAUCUCAAGAGGC